GAGUCAUAACACAAGAUUAAAGACAUGUUAUGUCGAUCACCAUACUCUAUAAUACCCGGGAACUGCGGAUUAUUUAGGGGUGUAUGUGUUCAGACAUACAAACAAUACCGAAGACUCCACGAUCGCAAAUCAAUACGUAUUACAGUGUUGAUAGACCAGGCCAUCAGCACUUCAUCAAAACAAGAAAGAUGUCACCGAUCGAAUUAGGAUGGUACGAGGGAGGACUAAUCGAUCUCAGACGGCACUCAUUCUGGCUAUCCCUAGCCUGGAUCCUCUUCAAUCCGAUCUUCUGGAACUUCAUCGCCCGUCAAGAACAUUCGACUCGCUUUCUGACUCGGCUCCUGGGAUCGCCCCAUCGUGGUUGUUACUUCUUGGGUGGAGUGAUCUUUAUCAUAGGACUGCUCAGAGACCAUUAUUUCAAGCAGGCACUAGAGCACCAACCCACCCAUCCUCUGCUCUCACAACCGAUCAUCCAACUGAUCUCCAAGGCCGUCUUCACCUCAGGCGCCAUCCUCGUCGCCAGCUCGAUGUGGGCCCUAGGAUUCACCGGCACUUAUCUGGGCGACUACUUUGGAAUCCUCAUGGACGAGAUCGUCGAGGGCUUCCCGUUCAGUCUUACCUCCAGUCCGAUGUACGAUGGAAGCACGCUCUGCUUCCUCGGUACCGCUCUCAGUUAUCAAUCACCAGCCGGUUUAGUGCUCACUGGAAUCGUCUAUCUCGUCUAUCAACUGGCCCUGAGAUUUGAAGAUCCUUUUACUGCCAAUAUAUACCGUCAAAGAGAUUUGAAAUCAAACAAAUCCAAAUGAAGUCAGAAACAUCGAACGUUGGAGGACUUUCUGUCGAUAUCUAUCGACUCUACAGGAUCAGAUGUAGACCAAUUGAGCUCAGAUUAUACAGGCACAUCUGAUUCAAGGGGCUACAAAUCUGGUGUUGGAAGGCCUACAUACACAGCCGACGGACCAACCAAUCACUGUUGAGUCAUAUCGAAAUCAGAGCAUCUCCUAUUGGGCUUGACUCUGCGGGCUCAUUACUUCACUCUAAGAUCUUCUUGAAUCUCACUCUGUUUCUGUUUUCUCAUCAAAUGUAUUUAUAAAACUGAGCAAAAAAAAUCAAAUGGUAGCAGUGGACUUAAUGAUUAAGUAAUUCUGUGUUGGGAAUUACACACUCAGAUUUGUUUUUUUUUGCAAGUCAAAGUAUGAUGAAUGAAAUGACCGUCAACCUCAGCAAUGUGAA